UAACUGGUAGGUGGUAACCAGGCCUAGGACCAGGUGGUGUCCCUGGCUGUGUUGUGGUGCAGUAGACUCGGUGUGAAGUUGAAGAUGAUGAUUUCCACACUAUUCAAAAGGAUAAGCUUAAUAAACUUAUUACCAAGACUCUUACAGCGAAACAUCAGCUAUGUGGAAAGAGUUCGUUUUCUUCAGCAAUUAAAGGAGCAGGACACAGUUUGUUCGUCUCACAUACCUGGUGGGAAGUUCCUGUUGUACAGCCAGAGUAAACCUCUCAUACAUGUAGACAAAGCCAACACUGAAGAUGUUCUCCUUUGGUUAACUUAUUCAGAGGUGACUGAGUAUUAUCCUCAAGUUCUCAGCUCCAGUGUGCUGGUGGAUGUGAAUGAGGACGGGACACCAAGGUACAGUGUGCAGGUAGGAGCACUGCCAACAACAACACAAGAUAAGCUGGAGAGUGCCACUGGUGCUGUUUUCACUGACUUACGCCUUGCACUCUUUAUGGUCAGUUGGCGAGAUGCACACACACUCUCACGAGCAAACAACGUUCUUAUGUGGAAUAAAAAUAAUGCUUUUUGUGGAAAGUGCGGUGCACCAACUGCGAGAAAUGCGGCCGGAUAUGCCCGCAAAUGCAAAAGCUGUAACACGACCCACUACCCAAGUUCCAUUCCAGUGGGCAUCGUCCUUGUUACAGACCCCAGUCAUGAAAGCAUUGUUCUUGUGCGUCAACCGCGCCACCCUCCGGGCAUGUAUUCCUGUAUUGCAGGCUUCUCAGAAGUUGGUGAGACUUUAGAAGAGACUGUACAUAGGGAAGUAGCAGAAGAAGUGGGAAUAGAAGUUUCGUCUGUGAGAUAUGUUGCUUCCCAGCAUUGGCCCUUCCCAGGCUCCCUGAUGGCAGGAUGCUUUGCCGUUGCAGAAAAACAACAGCUUACCAAAGAUAACAAUGAACUGCAAGAUGCGCGUUGGUUCUCUCGAGAUGAAGUAAGCACAGCUCUAGAUAAAAUCAAUGCAAACCCUCACUUGAGACUGCGUGGAAAUCCCUCUGGUGAACUGUUUAUUCCUCCACCAGGAGCUAUAGCAUAUCAUCUCAUAGCUCAUUGGAUUAAGGGCACCCCUGUUCAAGAGAUAUACCAACAUAUUUACUAAUAUUCUUCAGCAACUAAAUUGGAGGUUACGUGUGAGCUGCAUAGAUGCGGGCCGACUGCAGCUGUGUAGCUGAAGGGCAAGUGUGAGCUGUUUAGAUGUGGGCCAAGUGCAAGAUUCGUGGUGGUGUGAGACAAGUCAGUCUGGCUGGGUCAUGUCAGGUGAAUUAAAUGUUAUUCACAUUAAUUCUUCGUCAUACAAUCCAAGCUGUCAUGCAUAUAAGUGAAAGUACUGUAGUUGGUCCUGGAGACAAAGCUCAAGGGUCCAGGAGACUAAACCCUAAUUUUCUCCUGAGUUUGUAGUCUCACACGAUACAAUUUUAGUUUACACAAGACUUUUAAGGAACCUUACCCCAGUGAUAGCUAUAGGAGAAUCGACUGUAUUUUACUUACGUCAUCACUUAUCAGACCAAUUGCCCGUAUGGCCAGUAGGCCAUACGGGCAAUUGGUCUGUUCUUUGUUAGGACCUUCAUUGUCCAGUGUUAAAACAGUAGGAAACUGGAAUACAGUAUACAGUACUGUACCCAGAGAAAACCUGCGAUGUUUGGUAGGGUCUCAACGAAUAACACUUUUCUCACAUCUGACCCUGGCUGGGAUUAAACCCAGGAGACAAGUGUGAGAGAUACAAGCAUUAGUGCUGUGCCACCAACCUUAUAUCGAUAUGAAGUUUAUUUGUUACAUUGAAUUUCUAAUGUUAUCAGGUGACUUGUAAAGUUUAUACUUUUAACCAACUCUUUAAAACUGUUGGUUCUUAAGCUGUAAAUGAAUGUCUUUUGUGUGGUGCCUCGAGUCCCAUAUACUGUAGCUCGACUUAGGGAGGUCUUAUUGUAUUAGUUCAUGGUUUUCAGUAAGUCUCAGGGAAAAACUGGUACCUUAAGACCUCAGAAAUCUACAAAAUUACCAUAAUUUAUGGCAUAUAAGACACACUUUAGUCUGAAAAAAUGACUAAGAAUUAGCUUGCAUCUUGUAUGUGAAGUUGCAGUCUCCCAUAGGCUAAUGAAUCCCCCAGUUGCUGUCUCCAGUAACCUAAAUUCCACCUAGCCCAACUCCAAAAUUAAAAUAUGUUGAUGCUUACUUAAAAACAAUGUUAUUACUUUUAACUAAUUAAAAAAAGAAAUUAUUGUAAAUAUAAAAGCUGCAUUUAUAACUACUGAUGAUAACCCGAGAAGAUUAGCAUCCAUACGGCAGGCAUCCAACUCUCCAGAGCUAAGCAGCAACUGUUUCUCAACUCUUACAAGUGUUACAAUCUAUUUUAUGUCAUACCUGCAACAUUUAUCUUUAAUUUUGCAAAUACAGUACCUGAGAUAAAUGAAGAUUUACAGAUAAUUUUCUUUUCACAUUUGCAUCUGUUAACAUAACUGGUGGCAUUAUUUAUUGCCAAGUUAGACUCAUCACUGUAGCUACUAGGCCAAGCUGUGAGGUGAUAUGGUAAUUUUCAACUUGCAAUUUUGGGUAGUUAUGCGUAACUUUCUUAUGAGUUAGCAGCCGAGCCGGGGAGUCGGCAGAGUUAGCAUCCCAAGUGUCUAUGCAAAUGAUGGUUAUGUUAAAAUUUCAUUUGGCUUUUCCUUAAUGGUGUUAGCUGCAUUUUUUUAUCUAGAUUGUAUACAAGUAUUUGAAGUAUUGUAGCACAAUUGUUAAAUAACAUAAGAUAGGUAGGUGAUAUGGUUUAUGAAUGCUGGGAGUUGUGAGUGUGCUUCAACCAUUUGACUUACAUGUACAGUAGGGUUGGGAUAUAUUGCGAGUUUAUAUAACGAUUUUUUUUAUAUCUCGGCUACCAAAAUGAUCAAAAUUUUCCCAUAUAUUGUAUAGCGAUAAAUUAUUUAUUUCGUGAGGGAAAUCGGACAGGAAAUAUUUCAAGUGUACCGCCAUGGCAAACAAAUGUGUUAUUUGCUCACCAGAGGCAUCACUGUGGCUGCUCACUCACUCAUUCAGACUCGCCCGCUCAGUCUGUCUGAGUGAGUUAUGAGAAAGCAGCCGACUCUGCUGCAGAUUACUACUUCUAAGGUGACUGUAAAUGGGUUGCUGGUGACGUGAAAAGUGAAGUGAGGAUAAUGGAAAGCUUAAUGGAAAAGAUAUAAUACUGUAACUAAUAUUUUUGGUGUUUGUUUAUGUAGGUGUGGGAUUGUCAAGUGAGGGUGGCAGAGUGGCGUCUGGCGUUCCCAGGAUGGUGUGUCAGCUGCCGAGUCUGGUGUUCCUUGAUAUUGAUAUUGAAAUAGCCUGUUGUUCCCGUGUCUAGUGUUCAUUGGUGCUUUAGUUAGUAAGAAAAUGAACUCGUUAAGUCAAGUUUAGUCACUUUUAUUGUCCUCCAGAACCUAACCCUAUUUUCCCCAUUGAUUACAUGUAAUUAUAUAUAGCGAUUUAGUAUACUGUAUAGUGAACAUCCUUGGACCCUAUCUCGCUAUACAUCCCAACCCUACUGUAAUAAUAUUUAAUAAAUUUUUUGGGCUAAUUUUACAGUAUUUUAUACAGUAUUAUUUUGUAUUUGUAACACAAACUAGUCACUGUAAUAACAUUCCCCUAGUCCUCACCCUACCACUCCAGGUCAAGCUGUGACCUGUUAUGGUUUUUUCAACUCAAAAUUUUGGGUAGAUACACAUAUUUUUUUAUUUUUUUAUUUUGUACUAUGUUACAUGCACACUCCAGCUUACAUACAGAUUGUGCAAAGAUAAAAUAUUGUAGUACUUAUUAUAAGGUCAAAAACAUAAAAGGAAUAAACAAUGUUUGUGGGUUAAGAGUUAAUGCUACAUAGGCGAGGGGGGGGGGGCGUCUCAGCUGUUCUGAGCUUUAUCCUGUGUGCAGUGAAAUGAUUGACAAAUUUUGUCAUCUGGCAGCCAGAUGGCAAUGCAGUAUUUUUUUAAUAUAUUUAUUGGUGUUAUUUUUAUUAAUUCCUCACGUUUUCUGGUAUACAGUAAACCCUUGAAGAUCCUGACCCGGGAAAUCCGGAUUUUGGAAGAUCCUGCCCAAAAAUUUUUUGGGGUUCUGGGCUAAGAAACCUCCUAGAAGUUUCCCCAAGAAACAUUUCUAAACCAGAGCAAAGAACAUUUUAGGCCUGUGGGCGCUGCUUGACCCAUCAAUUGCUUGAACACAGGUGCCCAAGGAGGUGUGAAACAUAAACAGAGUAGACAAUUGUUGUUUGUGGGAAUAUUAUUUCAUUCGCUCUAGUAAUGAUACAGUGUUUCUUAUGUUAUCAUAGGUAAAUACAUGGUUUAUAUACAGCAAUUUGUUUAUCACUACAUUAGUACUGUAUUUUUGGUGUUUUUUAUAUCAUUUAUUAUUCGCAUGGAAAAUCCGAACAAUCAACUUUUCCGGACAGGUGGUCUCCCGUUUAGCUCGGAUCUUCGAGGGUUCGCUGUACGUAUAUUAUUUUAAGAAAACUAGGGCUACAGGAGGAGAAUAUACACAAGUUAUAUUCCUAAAUAUUCCCUAAUGAAAUGGGAGGUGUGUCUUAUAUGCCAUAAAAUGAAGUAGAUUAAUAAGGAAAUUUAAAUAUAAUAAACUUAUUUCUGCUAGGGCACACAUAAGAAAUACAUCAAUAAGAAAGAAUCAAAUAUCAGAAUGGUCCAGGUGAUAAUGGAAGUUAAGUGAAACUUUGAUUUUAUAUACUGUUAAACAGUGGAGUAAAUAUCAAGAAAAUUGUGCUCUGUAAUAUUUUUGCAUUUUUUAUAUUAAAAUUUUAGUCACUUUAAAAUUUAGUUAACAUAUUGAUAAUACAUGCAGUACAGGGAACUAGUAUUUUGUGUGCCCAUCAGUUACUUGACUCACCCACCAGGCACCAGUCUUCCUUUUGUGUUUAAAGGACUCGGGAUAUAACGUUGAUCUACAUUUUCUUGCGGCUUGUGCUGAUUUCUCGUGCAUCACAGUGAUUUAAUUUAAUCAUAACAGUGUUGUGAGUUUUGAACCAUGCUUCGUGAUGCUGGCGAGGGUGGAAGGGUGAGAGAAUGUAACAUGUGCAAGGAGAAUGCAUCAUAUGGUAGGUAAUACAGGUUGACUAUCAAAAAUCCGGCAACCUCGGGACCUGAGGAGUGCCGGAUUUUCGAAAAUGCCGGAAAACUGUUGGUUAUAUUUGCUGUAUAAGUUUAACAGAAAAUGACUACCUGUACAGUCCUUU